CGCCUUAAAAAGAAACGAUCCGGAGCACAGUGAUAGCACUUGCGGACACACACCGAAUCUGUAGGAUGGCUCGCGCUGUUUUAUUCAUCGGUCUGUUCUCCACAAUCAUAUUAACCACAGGUGGAAGUUGUGUGGGUCCAGAUCUGUGCUGCUCUGGAUUGAAUAGCAGUUGUCGCCGCUUGAAUUGUUAUUGUGAUGUUGCUUGUCUGAGAUUAAAUGACUGCUGCUCUGAUUUCAAAUCCACCUGCCUCACAGUCAAUCAAAGCAGUACUCUGCCAGUAACAGGAACUUGUUCACAUCCGACUCUUUGCUGCAGUGGCUUAAACCAUAACUGUUUCAGAGGCUGUUUCUGUGAUGAGGCCUGUAAACAGCACAACGACUGCUGUCCCGACUACAACAGCAUCUGCAUUUUCAACAGCACAACUGCAACUCCCCCUUUCAACACCACUGCAUCUCCUCCCAAAGUUCUCACAGUACUCACUGUUCUGGUGGUGAAGGUGAAGAUAUUGUUACCUGAAGAAAAGCAUCAGGCUGCACUGCUUAAGGUUGGCUCUUGGGUGGAGAGUUUCUUAAGAGUGAAUAAUACGGACAUCUACUCUUUUAACAUCACAGAAAUUAAACGGGUAUCACCAUAGGAUUAAGCCCGAAAUCAGCUGAGAGGAACGGACAUGAAUAAGCGCUCAUCGCUGCUAAACUUUUACUAUUUCAAUUUAUGUUGAUGGUUUAACAAAAUGUUUGAGGAUGUGUAAGGAGAGCUCAGAUUUAAUUUUUGUUCUCAUGUAAUUCCUUGUUCCUCCUUCAGUUGCAUGAAAGGGAAUCUGCUGCUUCUGUCUUAACAUUGUCUUCAUUUUUCUGUUUUUGAGAUGUGUAUGAUGAUCGCACUGAAAUUAUGAGGAAAAACUCUUGUGAACAAACAAUAAGAAAGUGAAAACAAGCAAAUGAUUAAAACUGUCAUUGAA